AUGGCUGCCACACACGGUUUCUGUGACCCCACAUUCAAGCGGGUCCGUGAUCUUUUCGAGCAAAAGCUAGCAUCGGGAGAUGAAGUCGGUGCCUCAAUCUGCAUCAACAUCGACGGUAAGAAUGCCCUCGAUAUCUGGGGCGGACAUGCAGACGCCGCCAAGACGCGUUCAUGGGAAGAAGACACUCUGGGGGUCGUCUUCUCAUCUAGUAAGGUAGCCGUUGCCCUCGCCGCACUCAUCCUCGUUGAUCGCGGCCUGCUCGACGUCGAAGAGAAAGUGUCGAAGUACUGGCCGGAGUUCGCAGUCAACGGCAAAGAAGACACAAAAGUGUGGCACAUCCUCAGUCACUCCUCUGGCAUGCCCCAUUGGGACACGCGGGUUUCUUUGGAGACCAUUUACGACACUAAAAGUUCCACCGAGAUGCUCGCUGCGCAGGCUCCGUGGUAUAAGGCCGGGGAGGCAUCCGCCUACCAGAUGGUUAAUCAUGGACAUUUAGUCGGCGAGCUGGUGCGACGCAUUAGCGGGAAGUCUUUGAAGAAGUUCAUUGCAGAUGAGAUCGCGGGUCCAUUGGGUGCGGACUUUGGUCUCGGUGUGGCCGAAAAGGACUGGCUGCGUACGGCGGAUAUCAUUCCCAGUCCUCCUACACCUCUGCCACCGAUCGACCCGCAAAGCGUUGCGGGUAAAGUCUUACCCAACCUUAUUUUGGACGCUGAGGUGUCCCAGACGCCCGGAUUCAGGGGUGCAGAGGUCGGUGCCGCGAAUGGGUUUUCAAAUGCGCGUGCACUGGCUCGGAUGGGUUCGAUUGUGUCCUUGAAAGGGACAGUUGAUGGGAAGCAGUAUCUUGGGCUUAAGGCCAUUGAUCAGAUGCUCCAAGAACGGAUUAGCGGUGUCGAUCAGAUUUUAUUCUUCCCCAUAAGAUUCGGGUUGGGAGUUGGCCUACCGGUGCCGCAAAUCAUCACUUUUAUCCCCGAAGGAAAAAUUUGCUUCUGGGGAGGUUGGGGUGGAUCAAUUCUGGUCAUGGAUCUGGAUCGCCGCAUGACUAUUGCUUAUACCAUGAACAAAAUGGGACCAGGAAUCAUGGGCAAUGACAACACCAAGGCAUAUCUCGAGGCGAUUUAUGAAAUCAUGGCAGAGAGAAAGACUCCCGUGUCCAAUUGA